CUUAAACCGUAUCCCUAUCUGUUUCGGGAAUCCCCCUAACGCGAUUAAUCCUAUUACAAAUUAUUUCCGGUUCUGCAAGGAAGUGCAUUUCUGUUCUUUGUCAGCAGUCGACUGUGUAUAAUAAAAACCACAAAUUAUCUAUACGUAGAUGCAGUUGCACCGCAGUACAUAGGGCUUUUUCUGCAGUCGGUGCAAUACCAUACUUUUUGUUUUUGGGGAUGAAACAGUAAAAAAGUUACUGUUGUAGCAGUUUUCCACCAUUGAGAGGACAUUUGACAAGUAAUUGCCGAAUUAGUUCGCAUCAAGCCAAAGCUUAGAAAGGUCCAAGUCCAAGAUGGAGGAAUCCAAUCACGGUUCGGCUGGCUGUGAAAACGUAUCACAGUUCAUGCUCGAUGACCUACAAUUAGCAGCAGAGCUGGGGAAAACGCUUCUAGAACGCAAUAAGGAGCUGGAAACCUUCAUCAAGGAGUACAAAAUCAAGGGGGAUGAGCAGGAACUGGAGAUCUUGCACCUUCGCAAGCACAUAAAUGCGAUGACCGAGGUGAAUGAUUCACGACUUAAGGUUUACGAGCAGCUGGAAGUGGGCAUUCAGGACCUGGAGCGCGCCAAUCAGCGGCUUAAUCUGGAGAAGAACCGGGACAAGAAGCAGAUAAAGACGCUGACCACCAACACGGAAGUCCUGGAAGCCCGCUGCGAGGAGUUGAAUCAACUUCUGAGCGAUGUCCGACAGUCCCUAAGCACCGAGCGGCGGAAGGUGGAUCAAUACCAGCAGGAACGCUAUAGAAUGCAGCAUUCAGCCGAGGGUUCUGUGUCCAGUCAUAGCAUUCAAUCGCUGUGCAAGGAGCAGAGUGUGGAGUUCUCCAAACUAGAUGUCAUGGCCAUGGCGAACUCGACCGGAUUGGAGGAUCUCUCCUUCAGUAAUGCCACCAUGUGUGAGCGGACCGCCGUUAAGGGUGAGGACAACGAGGAAUUGGUGAAGCUGCUCAGCGAAAUGGAGGUGUUGAAACGUGACUUCUUGGCCGAACAGCAGCGGUGCACCGAGCUGGAGGAGCAGCUGGUGACCAUAAUCCAAGACAACCAAGGUCUGCAGAGUCGUCUGCUAGAGAACAGUGCCAAUGAGGGAACAAUGUCGAUGCACGAGGAGUUUAGCCUCCUGGACGACGUGCGACAAGGCCAAAUGUGUAGUCGCUGCCUGAGGGAUAUUAACGAAAGUAACACCAAUAUGGAUGAUCAGUCCUCCAUUGCUCCAACCGAAGAAAUCUAUGAAGAUGACGAUCGCAGCAUACUAAGCGAAAGCACCUCGAAGUGCGAUAACAGUGCUGCGGAUUAUAAGGAACGCUUUCGGAUUUCCGAGGACCUUAAUCCCAACUCUGGCGAGAAACCAAAUCCCUAUCGGGAUCUAGUCGAGAAGUAUGAAGCUCUGGUGGAAGUGAAGAGAACCUCCAAUGCGGUCAAGAGCAACUUCACCAGCAAUCCAGAGGGAAAAACCAUGACAGAAUCCAGUCAAGGCAAAAAACCGGAAACAAUUGUUAACAGCUCAAAGGAAUCUGACCUUAUGUUGGACUCAACACGUAAGCGCACUCCAACCGAGUUUUCGGAAUCAGAAACUACAUCGUCGGGAUUCUCGGAUGAAACUAGCAACAAAUAUACACAAACUGACGAGCGACCUAGCUACUUCCUCUGCUCAAUAAGUAAUGGAAACGAUUGUAAAUUCAGUAUUUAUGACGACGUCAGUCCCAUUGAAUCUCAUUUCCGCAAUCGCCCGGAAUACAGGGAGCUCUUCAAGGAGAUAUUUGGAGUGCUCAAGAAGGCAGCUGAUAACAACGAAGAAGACAAGCUUCCGUCCCUACAUGACGACGCACAGAUUACAGAGAAGUUGCCCUUGGUGGCGGCCAAAGUACCCCCGGUAACACCCGAGAGGGAAGAAUCUCCGGACGACUUCAUUGACGACACACAGAGCGUCGUCUCCUCAGUUAUAUCCAACCAGUCCAUUGCAAUGUCGGAGUGCGUUACCAAACUGGAGCGCAAAACAGCCAAAAAACACAUCUUCGAGGUCCGAAACCAACAAAACCAAUCGUCCUUAACGCAAUCUACGUUGUUAAAUAGCUCCUCGAAGGAAACGACUGUCGGCGAAUCAAAUGUGAAGCCAAUAAGGGAGAACGGCCAGAUACUUACUCCACUUAAGCGCGAACCACUCGAAUAUCUAACCGUAGGUGUCGGCAUUAAGAAAAAGAACAGGCGAAAGCACCGAAACCAAAGCUCAUCUGGAGAUCGCAUCGAAUUGUUUAAUUCACGGGAAUUUACUCCCAGAAACAGUCCCCUGGCCAUGAACCACCGUGGUGGGCAAGGCAGCUCAAAGAUGUGUACGGAUACAUUGAAUGCGGAAUUUGGACGCAGCAAUCGCAGACGGACGACUCCAUCGUCAAGCAACUGGAAUGGCUCACCAAUGGUUAUCUAUAACAAAAAUAUGAAUACUCCCCAGACUUCUCGAGGACGAGUAAUAGAGCUAAAUGGCGUUGAGUUUUAUCAUAACACGGUAUCGCAAGAUUUACAUAAACUUAAAAAGUUAGAUUUAUCCUACGCCGAAGUUUUGCGCCGGGCCGAUGCCGGCGACCACGGGCCCACAAGAUCACAUUCCCAGCGACAGCAACACCAUGGAGCCAACAUUCGAAAGAGUCAUCAUCAUCAGUAUCGUCAAAAGUAAACUUGUUUAGAGAAUGUAAAUAAGCAAUUAUACAGUGCAUUCUAGCCAUAGGGCAUUAUACCAUUUUUAAAUUGUGUGUGCCAUGCAGUCUAGUCCGCUUUUUCAUGUAUAGACAGUUAAAUUACACUAACUAAAUAACUAUUAUCGGAAAUUAAAUUGUAUUUCAGCAUGAUAAAAUAAAUUAUUUAAUGACCUACAGAAA